UAUUAAGAAUUAAUCUGGUGUUGAUAAUUGAAGCCAGGAAUCUAGGCAUUAAAAUUGACAGUACUGGAUUUUAGUUGAAGACGUUGCACAGGAAAAAGCUUAAAAACAAAAACACACACACAUAGAGCCCCACUGCACAAUGCAUGCUUGUCUCUCUUCGAUCACUCUGUGUGUGUGUGUGGGAGAGGAAAAGAAUUCGCACAGGCAAAAAAACAAGAAAUUCUGAGAGACUGAGACCGACAUUAAAAAAUCAAGUGAAGUUACAAAAACAACCCAUAUAUUAUCAUCACUUUCUUUGAUUUUACUUAAACUUUUGAUAUUGCUUCUUUCUUUACAGCAGUUUUUAUAAUUAUAAAAAAUAUUUAUUUAUAUUUUCUCAUCAUUCCACUCUGUUAAAUCUAUGUUAAAGUAGUUCCCUUGAUGCUUAACAUCAAAGCACCUUUCAAUCAUUUUCAGAGGGCUCGUGGAUUCAUAAAUUAAAGCUAUUGGGUUUUCAGAUAGUCCCCUCAGAUUUCGCGUUUGUUGGUUAGUGUUUGUGCUUUUUCUGGGGGUCUCUAAGAUUUUGGCUAGUUGUAUGAAAUUAGAACAACAUUUUGAAGAGUUAUGUUUGGUAAUUACCCUUUUCUUCUACCAAUUGUGGUUUAUGGGUUUUCUGAUUUCUGAAGAUCUGCAUUAUUGGCCAUAAAGAUUAUGUUUUUUCCUUUCUUCAAGUAUUUGUGGAGAGAUUCUAUCGUAAUGGAAUUUAGUCCAUUAAUUUAUGUUUGCUUCUGGAAUCUGAAUUUCAUUUUGGUAAGAACUUUUUCUCCUUCUAUCUUUCAGUCAAUUGCAAGGACCCAGGUUUAAAUUCAAAAUUAGACCUUUUUAUUCUUUGUCUUAAUUGAGGACAGAGAGGUUGUUUAAUCUGGGUUGAAGUAAAUGUUUGUUGGAAUUCUUUAGGGUCCACAUUCUUUGUCAUUUGUAAGAGCCAAAAAUUGACUUAAGGGGUUAAAUUUCUUGCUGAAAUGGCUGAAAUUAGACUUACAAGAGUAGACCAGGGUCAAACUAAAAUUAGAAAUGUUCCAAUUGCCGUGACCCCAGAGGGAUUCUGGUGUUGCCCCUCUCCUGUUGUCUUCCAAAGGUCACUUAAGACACAGAAUCAUCUAAACAAGUCCAAAUCGUCUCCUCCGAAUCCUAGUGCUUCAGUUCAGAAAAAGCAAACCUCAGAAAACGAGAAAAAACCAGGAACAACAAAACCGAGGACAGGUCUCGUAACCAACGAUCAAAGAACUUGUAGUUCAGAUGCUCCUGUUCUUAAUGCUUCAGUGAGUGAGAAGAUGCCUCGACCAAAGAUUGAAAAUGUGCCAAGGAAGGUUUCAAUUGAGUUUGGUGAAUCUGGAACCAGUGAUCUAAAAGUAAUUUUGCUGGGAAAGCAGGGAUUUGCUGUGAAACUGAGUGUUCACAGGAGUAUACUAAUGGACAAUAGCAGUUAUUUUGCCCACAAGAUAUCAGAACAGAAGCCUAUUUUUCCCUGCCUUGAAAUCGAUGAAUGCGAGGAUGUUGAGAUAUAUGUUGAAACUGUCGGAUUAAUGUACUGCAUAGAACUGAAGCAGCAGUUGAUUAAGCAGAGCGUUGCACGUGUUCUGCGCAUAUUGAAGGUUGCAGAACAACUUGGUUUCACGUCAUGCAUACAAUCAUGUUUGGAGUAUUUGGAAGCAGUCCCUUGGGUGGGGGAAGAAGAAGAAGAGAAAGUGGUUUCUUCAGUGUUACGUCUCCAAGAUGAGGGCAUUGGAGUCACACCCGUAUUGAAACGAGUUUCUUCUCAUAUUUCAAAGCCACCUAAGGACACUCUCUCUUAUAUAUUGGAGCUAGUACUCAAGAGCAAUGAGGAGAGAGGGCGGCGUGAAACGAAAUCCAUUGUACUGAAACUUCUUAGAGAAAAUAACUGUCUUCCGAGCUCUUCAGGGUUGUCCUACUUAUGCCGUGAAACACUGUAUGCGUCGUGCAGAAGCUGCCUAGAUUUGUUGCUUUCUCUUUUCAAACAAGCUGCCGAACCCAAUUUUACCAACAAACCAGUUGAUUAUGGAGAACCGGUGGUGAAGUUGAUGGCCAUAGAGGCUGAUAAUCUCACAUGGUUGCUCGAUAUUUUAGCCGAUUGGAAAGAAGCCGAUGAAUUUGCAGUAAUGUGGGCUAGACAGCAAGAAUUGGCUUCACUUCAUUACAAACUUCCGAUCAUGUCACGCCACCAUGUAAGCACGAUUACGGCAAGGCUGUUUGUUGGAAUAGGAAGAGGGGAGCUUCUUCCAUCUAAGGAUACUCGUCACUUACUAUUGCAAACCUGGCUACAGCCAUUGAUCAAUGACUAUAACUGGUUACAACAUGGAAGCAGGUCAUUUGACAGGAAGGUUGUGGAGGAAGGAAUUGGCAGGACAAUCCUUACGCUACCUUUGGAGGACCAGCAAAGUAUUUUACUUUUUUGGUUAGAAAGUUUUCUGAAGGCUGGCGAUAACUGUCCAAAUCUUCAGAGGGCUUUCGAGGUCUGGUGGAGGAGGACAUUCAUUAGACCAUAUGCAGAAUCAGGAUAUCACCAGCAAGAACAGUAGAACUACGGAUUUCCAACAUGGAUAUGUCAAUGAUAUUGUUUUUCUUGAACCAAUUAAAUUUUGAAUGGAGUGAGAAGCCUUCUUGAAGUCUAGGAGCGAUUAGCCUUAUCUGCUACAGGGCUAACGAGACAUGAACGUAAAUUUUUUGCUUAAAAAGUUAUGACUCUGCAAGUUUCAUUUUGUGUGCGUUUGAAAUUAGUUGGAUAUUGUUAGUUUAUCCAAUGUAAGGAAUUUUCAUUAAUGCAAUGACAGUUUGAGUUCCCUAA